UAUCAGAGCUUGGGUCUCUCUUACCAUGUAGUGGCAAUCAUCAGUGGCGCACUGAACCUCGCAGUGUCAAAGAAAUGCAAUUUGGAGGUGUGGUUCCCAUUCCAAGGCACAUACAAAGAACUGGUUUCCUGCUCGAAUUGCAUGGAUGGCACGGAUAGCAGGUGGCUAGGAAUUUGUUGUGGUCUCAAAGCGAAGGACCAGCAAUGGAAGGUCUACGUCCACAUGCUGAAC